UGUAAAAAUAAGACCUUAAUAGUGGAUCAGGGUAUAGUACGAGAUCACUCUCUUGUAACAGUAAUGCCUUUCCACUAAGUAAACAUUUAUUCAGUAAACAAAACGCGAUCGAUCACAAGGACAGAAAGCGCUAUGAUUGUUGGUGGCGGUGCUAGCAUGCGGUGACGACAUUGAAAAACUUGUACAAUUGUAGACUUCACAAUCAUGGAUUUAGAAAGGUAUUUCGGAAGAAUAAAUUUGAAAAACUCAAGUCGUCAACCUUCGCUAGAGCUGUUAAAAGACAUCUGCAUGGGCUCUGUAUCAAAUAUCCCGUUUGAAACUUUGGACAUGUUUGGAGGUAAACGGAAGAUCUGGGAUUUGCCAACAAUAUAUCAAAAUAUUGUAGAGAAGAAAAGAGGAGGAUUUUGUUAUGAAUUGAAUGGGCUUCUGCAGUGGGCUCUGAAAUUGCUUGGAUAUAAAGUUGAAUUGCUUAAGGCAUAUCCAUACAUUUCAAAAGACAAUCAGUUUCAAUCAGUCAGUGAUCACCUGGCAUUGCUGGUGUCUUGGAAUAGUGAAGAAAAAUAUUUGACAGAUGUCGGGUGGGGUGGAUCAUCAUUCGUUCUCCCGCUUAUUUUCAAAAUGGGAGUUGAACAAUCUCAACCAAAUGGAAUUUAUCGCUUGGGUGAAAAUCAAGAUAUGUAUAUUGUAGAGAAGAAAAAACAAACAUACUUGAAAACCGAAGAUCAACCUAGGUUUAACAGCAAAACCGAGGAACAUUUGGCAAAAAUUGAUGAAACGGGCUACAAAGACAUUCCCUGGAACAUUGUAUUCGGAGUGGGAAAAGUUCCUUGCACCUUCGAAGAUUGCAAAGUGGGGCAUGACUUUGCUCAAGACGAAAAUGAGUUUUUGAAAGCAACGCCAAUCGUCGUUCUUCAAAGCGUAGAAAAAAGAAAGUUUUUCGUCAAAAAUUUGUAUUACGAAAAGAAGUAUAUUGACCCCGACAUAUUGAAAUUAGAGAGAUUUCAGAAAUGCUCCGUAGAAGAAAUGUAUGACAUUCUACGAAAAGAAUUUGGAAUUAAUCUGGAUUUUGAACUCAAUAUACCAUGUGUUGAAUAAGUUUCAUGCUGUAACACUUUCCCCUGUAUCCCUGACAAAUAUAUCUGCAAUUACAAGCAACCGUUGAGCACAAA